GGUUUGCAGGGUUUGCUUUGCCCAGACCCUUUUUCUUUGCAUGAUUCCACUGGGCAUCUUGUGCCUCUCCACCUUGGCAGCGUGGCUUUGGGCAUGAGGAGGGCGUCCCGGAGCGUCGAGGAGCGUCGGGUCUCAUCAUGGCACCAUGGCACGGCCACUGCAGGGUGACAUCUCCGUGGGCAGGUUGGUGGCGAACUCCAAGCUGGCCACAGCCUACCUCUAUGGAAUCACCUGGCGUCAGGGUGCCAAGGAGGCGCAGCAGGUGCUCUUGAACUUCCUCGACCGCGGCAUGGAGGCCAACGCGUUUCACGCCAAUGCUAUCAUCGGGGCCUGCCAUGCGCGAGACUGGCGCAUGGCACUGUUCUUGCUGGUGGGCAUGGGUGACUUACGCAUGAGACCAGAUGGAGUGAGCUACAAUGCUGCCAUCAACGUGCUGGAGAAGGCCUCACGCUGGAGCCUGGCGUUGCACUGGCUGCGAGAGAUGCGCAACUCCGGUCUGCAGCCAAGUGCCAUAGGGUACAGCGCCCUGUUAAAUGGUGGUCAGAGCAGGUGGAAGAUGAUCCUCAGCACCUGGAGUGAAGCCAAAGUGGCAGGGCUGGACACAGGCACUAUGGGCUGUAGUGCGGCCAUUCGGGCUUGCUCUGCGUGGUGGCAUGCUGCAGAGGUUCUGUCAUCGAUGAAUUGGUUCAGGAUUCCAGCUGACCGCUGCACCUACAAUGCUGCAUUGCAUGGCAUCAGGUCGCAGUGGCAGAGAGCAUCGCAUCUCUCGAGGACCGUGACACCCGACGCCGUGGGUGCAAAUACUGUGAUCAAUGCUUGUGCGCGUGCUGGCCGGUGGGCACAAACCUUGGCGCAGCUAGAAGAUAUGGCAGUGAUUCAUUUGGAGACGGAUGUUUUCAGCUGCAGUACAGCUCUCAGCGCCUGCGGGCUCAUGGGAACUUGGGCGUUUGCUUGCCACGUCUUGGCCCAGUCUGCCAUGCGGAAGAUCCACCCGAACCACGUGACCAUGGGAACAGCGGUGGGCUGCUGUGGUGGCCAUUGGGAGGUUGCUAGUGACCUGAUGAUGGGUUUACCAGAGCUCCGCUUGGCCUCCGACCUCAUCAUGUGCAACUCCCACUUGGGUGUGUGCGCGGCCGCAGGGCGCUGGGAGGUGGUGCUCGAAACGCUGGCAGAGCAGCGAGAGGCCGACAGAGGGCACGGCGUGCGUGACCGGUUUCAGCGGGAUGGCAUCAGCUUCACGGCUGGAAUUUCGGCCUGCGAGAAGGGCAGCCAGUGGACUUGGACUGUCAAGCUUCUGGAGAUGGCGAUGCACGAAGUGCCAGAGGUCACCGCAGAUGAUGUGUGUUUUAACGCUGCCAUCGAUGCCUGUGCCCGUGCCACUGCGCGGGCUCCUGCUUGGGCGCUGCUCUCGGAAGCGGAGCGCAGCGUGGAGGUCCGUGACGUGUCCUCCUUGCCCUGGGCACUGGCCAGGCUUCACUGCCAAGAUGCCUCCGUUGUCUUGGACGUCUUCAAGGACGUGGUCACCGUGGUCCGAGAUCCGAAGUCGCUGUCGCCCAAGAGGUGGUCGCUGAUGACCUGGGCGUUUGCCAUGCUUGGAGUCCCCGUGGCCUCUCACGAGGUCUUUCGGGAGGCGAUCAUGACUUCCUUGGAUGACUUCAACAUCGAUGAGUUAUCGAUCCUGUCAUGGGGGAUGAUGGACUUGGACGCGACUUCUGGCCUUCGCAUUCAGCUGGCUGCGGUGAGAGAGAUGGGCCGAGCCAUUGCGCCCAACCAGGACUGGGUCUCCUUCGCGAACUCGGUGCUGGGCGUGGUCUGGGCCUGGAACUUCUCCGGGUGCCUGGCGAUGCGCUUGGCGCGACAGGCGCAAGCGGUCUUGGCGCAAGGCUCCCGAGAGAUGGACCGAAGGAAGGGCACCAGGAACCUUCACCAAGAAGCAGAGGACGGUCCAUGCGCAACUCGGGGCAUUUCCCGCGAAUACCGCGAUCCCUGGGUGGUCCUCGACAUGUCGGAGGUCCUGGUCAUUGCCAAGCCACCAGGGUGGGAGGUCUAUGACGGCAAUGCUGAGCGGCAGCUAGCAGACUAUUUAGUCAACCUCCAGCGGGGCCGCCUUCCCAUCCUGACUGAUCUCAAGCAUGGCUGCGGUUUUAUUCAUCGAUUGGAUGUCCCGAGUUCUGGCCUGGUCAUCGCGGCGACCACUUAUCACGCCUGGUAUGACCUGCAAUUCCAGCUUGUCACGGGCACCUUGCUGCGAGAGUAUUUGGUCUUAGCUCACGGCUUUGUCUAUCGCGACCCUAACGCGCGCUGGAGCACCAUCGCGGCGCUUCUGCGCUGGAGCGAUGACGCGGUCGCCGCGGCGCACGGCAUGGGCAAGCCCUCCGAAACGCGGCUCCGAGUGCUGGGGCACGUGACGGAGACUGGGAGGGUGAACCCGGUGAAGAUCUGGGGGCGAAGAUGUGUGAAAGCUGCAGGAGUUUGGGAGGAUGAGAUGCCACCAAAUGGGGAGAGGAUCUGGGAGGAUGACAUCCUCUCACAUCCACUAUCUUCAUCCUGUUGGCGAUGGCAGGUGCCCAUCCUCACAUCUCCAAUGAGAUGUGUGUGAAACCAAUCGUAAUCCACGACCAGAUCUGUGGAAUAGGCCAAAUCUCCAGAAAGGAAGGCUUUCCACGACACAUCACGAAAACCAUGAUGCAUCCACAAGGACCCGUCGGGUCGUAGCUUCGCUCUGCUCGUGAUCCGCAUCGUCACCGGGCGGAAGCAUCAGAUCCGGAGCCAUUUGGCCUGGAAAGGGCACGCCACGGUGACCGAUGGGAAAUACACGGGCCCACAAACUCUGACGGAAGACUUGCGGCUCUGCGCCCGGAAUUUCCUGCACCGCUGCCACCUCUCUUUGCGCCGUGGGACGGUUUGCGUCGAGGAGCACCAUGUUUGGCAACCCCUGGCCCUGGAUCUGGUCGAGGCUCUCAGAGAGUUGAGGCCCAAGGAUCUGGCGGCGCAAAAGGCUCAGGAGACCUGGUGCAGCUCCAGUGAGCCAGCGGAAUUCAUGUGCACAGAGGGGCCCUGAAGCGUG